AUGUCAAAUCGAAGCUUCUGUGGAUCGAACAAAGUUUCACAGAAUUAUCAACCAACAAAUUCUACAUAUGAUCAUAAUUUUUGUAAACUACCAGUUAUUAAUAAUGGAGCCUCCGAAAUGAUGCAUAAUACGAAUCUAUCAGUGUGUAAACCAUCAUUGUCUCGUGGUUGUACACCUCAGACAAAUGAAAAUUAUUUAAAUCAAUGUUCACAUACCUACAAUAGAGAUGUUAAUAUUGGAGUAGCAAAUAAUUUAUCUAAACAAAUUGACUUUACAUCAACUGGUUCAGCAAUUUACAAUGCUCGUACACCUUCAUAUAAUUCUUGUAAAAUAAAUUGUUCCCCUAGUGGUGAUACUUCGUUUCAAAAAUUUUCUUCAUCACCUCCUAAAUUGGAUUGUAAUAAAACAAAACUAUCAACAACAAAUUUGAAAAAAAAUCAAUUAAUAAGAAACUCGAAUAAUAGUUAUGCACAACGAUUAAUGACGCCAAAUUUAAGUAGUUUCAAUUGUUCUACAUCAAAUAUGAAUACAUCUACUGGACAAACAACUUCUAUACGUGAUCGUCAAUUAGCUAAUGAAAUCCUUCAAAAAGCAGGCAUUCAGUCGAAUAUGACUUCAAAUGAUUGUCUUGAAGUGAUUACUGAUGGGCCAGUGACAACAGAUGACAAUGUUAAUUGCGAUCCAAAUCCAUUAUGUAUGAAAAAACUAUCUGAUACUCAAGAAUGUUAUGAACAAUCCAUUGUUGUUCGGCAUUUACAACCACCACGACCACCAGUACCGCCGCCGAUUAUUAUCCGUGAACGUUGUGCUCAGCAACCACCACCACAGCCGCCUAUCAUCAUUCGACAAAUUCCUCCUCGACCAUCAACACCACCACCAUUAAUUAUUCGUGAAUGUCCACCACCAAUACCUGAAAUGCAAGAACCAACAAUCAUUGAACGUGAAAUACCACCACCACCGCCGCCACCACGACAAGUUAUUGUUGAAAGAUUACCAACACCGCCGCCAAAACCACGUUCUAUUAUUGUCGAAAAAUGGCUUCCCUAUGAAGAACCUCAAGAUCGACCAUGUAUUGUCGAAAAAGCUACUAGUAAUGAAAUGCCUCCAGUGAAAAAUGUCAUUAUUCAAUAUGAAUCACUUGAACCAAAAAUUCAAUCACAAUGUAUCAAUGGGGGUAUUUCUUGUGUUGAUCCAAAACAGUUUGUUAAUGAUAGAACAAAUGAGAAUGCUGAACCUGAUCAUAUCAAAUGUCAACUCAAUCCACAAGCACUCGCUGCAAUUGGAAUUCAAAAUGACAAUAAAAAGAGUACUAGCUACAAUCCAUCUGUUGUGCGUACAAAUCCACCUUGCUUCUAUCAACAACAAACUCGUUUUACAUGUCCUUCAAUACCUCCUAUCUCAGGACAUUCAAUGAUGACAAAUGGUUGCUAUUCUCCAAAGUCAUCGUAUUCUCAAAUGUGCAAUCGAACAGUUUAUCGUUUACAACAACCAAACAUCAACACUCUAUCGGCUUCAGCCGUUUGUUUACCUCAAUGUUUCAAUAAGUAUAAUACAGCUAUGUUAACACAACCUGACAAUCAAGGUUUAACCAAAUUAACUAGAUCUCGUUAUAAUCCAUGGGCAACAACAUAUCAAGUGUCAUACACAAAUAAGGCACGAGGAAUGUGUCGGACACGUUAA